UAGUAAGUAGUUUUUUUUUAAUACGUCAUAAAUGGUACGGAACCCUUCAUGGGCGAGUCCGACUCGCACUUGGCCGCUUUUUUAACUAUGGUAUCUGAAGCUACAUAAACUAAUUACAGGCAUAAAUAUAGGUGCCUUAUCCUCGUUAUAGGAGCAAUCUAGAUAGUCGUUUUAAAAUGAGAGCUUAACUACGUCUGUAUGGACAACCGAGCUUGAUACGGACUCUUAAGUUUGCAGUUACAAAUUGCAGAUAAAGUCUGUGAGAUUAUGCACCGAAGCCUGAUGAAAAAGAGCGUGCUAGCUAGUUCAACAUUGUCUGAUUUCAAUUAGAUGAUUUUAUGAUGCCUCCUUGCAUAAUAAGUUAGUAACCACAUCGCACCGUGAACCGUGAACCCUAAGCACCUUCAAUACCAGUAACUAUAGUGAGUAGAUAUAUGAUCCUAAUCACUUAACAUGUUAGUAUUUUGAUGCUGAGAUCUGAGAUUCGCAAUAAUAUACCUGGGUAGAGGCUAGAUGUUUUACAUGGGUCAGUGAGGGCAACUACUCAAUCCCGAUCCCGACGGGAAACGGUCUUCAGGAGACCUCCUAUACUAUUAUAAAAUACUAAUUACCGAUGAUUGACAUUUACAGACUUUGAAAAAAAUAAAUUAUAUCAAGAGAUCAAGAGUAUUACUUACAUUAAUACGUAGCAUAGUUAAUACGUUACCUACUUACCUACUUUUAAGAUACCGGGUUUAGCCCGCAACGUGCAUGUUUGUAAAAUUUUGACUAAGUAAAAACGAAGAACCAGGGGGCCUAGCCCAGAUGCCAAACGUUUGCGCCAUGACAACGAAACGCUUUCUGUCUCUCUAUCACUCUUACAUAUUAGUGCGAUAGAGAGACAGACAGUUCGUUGUCGUAGCGCAAACGAUUGACAUCUUGCUAGGCACCCUGUUCCAUAUUACGACUAGGUAAAGAAAAUUUCUAAUCAUCCUAUUUACUUCGAACGGUAAGGUAUUCAUACUCGCAUCAAGAUGAAUCUGGAACUAUCUCUACGCUUCUAUACAAACAAUCCUCGAGAUCGGUGCACUCACCAUGGUGUCUAUUUUGGUCUGCCAGCUUCAAAAGUAUUUUAGUAACGGAGUCUAAAACAUCGACAUCAUAUUGCUGUCCCUGUUGUUAAUAACGGGGAGCAAAAGUGAUAGAGGAAUCUUUUGGCGAUUGGCAGGCGUGUUUAAAAUAAAAACAUUAUUCAAUAGUUGUAGUGAGAAUGUCACUAAAGGUUGGAGCGUUAGACUAACUGCGCGCGGAAACCAAAACACAGUCGCCGGUAACUUCUGGAAUUGACUAUUCAAACAAGAAGAAGAUUUAUACUAUUAAAAACAUGAGUCUGAAAAUUGAAGCCGAAACAAAAGUUAGUUCUGAUCCCUGCGUAUUAGCAUUUGACGGCAACUUGUAUAUUGGAACUGAAGAUGGCUAUAUCCAUUCCUUCGACGACAAGCUUAGUCCCGUUGCAUCAUGGCCAGCACACGCAGUACAACUGUUCGCCCUAGCGGCAGGCGGCGGCGCCGUUUACUCCAGCUCGAACGAUGGCAGCAUCAGGGUAUGGUCUGCGAAAGGAGACAAGAUUACUGAAAUACCAGUGCCUGGCGCUGAUGUUAGCGUGCUACAUGUCUCUGGUAACGAGUUGUACACGGGCGAUGAAGCAGGGACAGUAAAAGUGUACGAGGAUAAUACUGAAAAAGCAAUGUACAACGUGUUAGAGGAAGUAAAAGAUCUGGCACUGAGCGCACCAUUUUUGUUUACCGUGCGAGAUCUAGAUGUGACGGUCACUGAAAUCAAGCCUGAUGAAUCCAGAACGCGAUUUGUUACGCGGCAUACUAUGGAGGGUCGUGCUCCAUUGAGACUAGCUGGUCCACAUCUUCUCUGCAUGGCAAGAGGGGGAAACAAUCUUGCUCUACACGACUCUUCUGUGUCUACCGUCUUUAAGAAAAAGCAUGAAGUUAAGGUUAGUGAUAUGAUUGUAACAAGUCUGGCAGUCUCUGGUGACUAUGCUUGGACUGGAGGCUGGGAUGGCGUCUUACGACGAUGGAAAAUUACUACCGACCAAUUGGAAGAUUCUGGAUCAUUGGAACUUGGUGCUUGCAUCAAUGGGUUGGCAGCUUCACAAAAUAGUGUAUUUGCUAUUGUGGCAGGAGGGAGGGUGGUGUGUGUAAAAGGAGCAUAGAUCAACAAACUUUUUAAAUAACAAAUAACACCUUUAUAUGUAUAAAUGUAUUUAAAUUUCCCUGUGACUGUUUGGCUGUCAAUAG